AUGUCUUUGCAAGAAGCUGUAAAGGAGAUUCAGUCCUCCUUCGACGUCAGUCAGGAGGUUCUUCAACGUUCUGUUGACAAAUUCAUUGAACUUGCCAAAAAAGGUCUUGCUUCUAACGAAGAUAAGUUGGGUAUGCCAAUGCUUCCCGCCUACGUGACCCAAGUUCCAUCUGGUAAAGAAAAAGGUACAUAUCUGGCUGCUGAUUUAGGUGGAACCAACUUUAGAGUCUGCUCCGUUCAUUUGAAGGGAGACAACACUUUCAACCUGGUACAGCAAAAGUCCCCAAUUCCUGCUGAUAUGAUGGUAGGAACUGGCGACCAACUAUUCGCAUAUUUGGCCUCCAAGAUAAGGAAAUUCUUGGAAGAGCAUCACGGUGAUGCUUUGGAAGCGGCACAUGAAACAAACAGUCGUGCUAAUUACCUGAAACUGGGCUUCACCUUCAGUUUCCCAACAGCCCAGCACUCCUUGGAUUCAGGAUCUUUGGUACGCUGGACUAAAGGUUUCAACAUCCCUGACGUUGUGGACCAAGAUGUCGUCCAAUUGCUGCAGAAGCACUUGGAUGCAGGGAAAAUUCCAGUCCAUGUUGCCGCUUUGGCCAAUGACACCGUCGGUACCUUGCUUUCCAGAGCCUACUCUGCCAAUGCUAUUGCAGGUGGUAAACAAGGAGAGACCAUAAUCGGCGCCAUUUUCGGUACCGGUACCAAUGGAGCUUACUUGGAGAAACUUGACAAUAUCAAGAAGUUACCUGAGGCUGUUGUAAAGGACCUGAAGGCUAAGGGUGUGACACACAUGGUGAUCAACACAGAAUGGGGUUCUUUCGACAACCGUCUUGAGGUCCUUCCAACCACCAAGUACGAUAGGGAUGUGGACGCACUUACUGCCAACCCUGGUAUCCAUCUCUUUGAGAAACGUGUUUCCGGUAUGUUCAUGGGUGAAAUUUUAAGAAAUAUAUUGGUUGAUUUUCACAGUCGUGGUCUAGUAUUCACUCAGUAUCCAAACUUUGAAAGUCUUCCACAUCGUCUCCGAACCCCUUGGGAUUUGGAUUCCGAGAAUCUUUCUCUGUUUGAGGUUGAUGAUUCGAAGGACAUGAAACCCACAGAAGUUACCCUGUUGCAGGCAUUGAGAUUGCCUACCACUUUGGAGGAACGUCAAGCCAUCCAAGCUUUGACUAGGGCAAUUUCUAGACGUUCUGCCUACAUCUCUGCUGUCCCAAUUGCAGCCAUCAUCAUGUUGACUGGCGCAUUAGAGGGACACCACAUUGAGGUGGACAUUGGUGUUGAUGGAUCUGUUGUCGAGUUUUACCCAGGUUACCGUACAAUGUUGCGUGACGCAUUAGCCUUAACACAGAUAGGCACCAAGGGUGAACGUCGUACGCACAUUAACAUCGCCAAAGAUGGUUCAGGAGUCGGUGCAGCUCUUUGUGCCAGUGUAUCAAUCUAA